AUGAGAGAAUCCUACCCCUUGAGGAGGUACAUGCAGGGGUUCGCUAUGAUACUGGAUGAAGCCGUGGUUAAGGAGAUCUUUAUGAGAACAAGAAGCAAAAGUAAACUUGAUUCUUUUAAUUUUGCCGGGCUUUUUUCUCACGAGGACAACGACGAUUUGUUUUGUGUUACAGUUUAUAACGAUGAAGUCCACUCUUUCACGGAAGUGACUGAAGCCUUUCAAGUGGUUGGCUGUUCUUAUGAAGAUGCAGACAGUCUAGCUAAUGAGGUUGAUAGGAAAAGGAAGAGCAAUUGUUUUUUUAGCCGAUCGCUGGUGGAUAUGCUACUUGACCUAUCGGGAACUUCUAUUACUGUUCAAACUUUUAUAAACUAUUCGCUGAUGAACAACGUCCCCGAGCUCGGUUUUUAUAGUAAAAGCUCUUCGCCUUUGGAACUUUUUAUAAAAGGCGACUUGACUGUUACUCAUUGGUGGAAGGUUUUACGAGUUCGCUUUAGCUAACUUUAUAUGAAAGGAUUAAUGAUGGACGACUCGUUUCGCUUAAGUUUGAG